GUAUCUUAUGUGAAUUUAUAAAAUAGGCUUACGUUUAUAUUCAUUAUGUCAAAAGUCACCCAUACUGAUCAAGUGGACUCCAUAGUUCCACACAACAAAAGGCCGCGCACCAGUGAUGAUUUUUACACAUUCUGUCAAAUAGUAUUAGAACACGAAAACUAUGAGAUGACUAGGCAAGAGGAACUACGUCACUCAGCUAUUAGUCCAAUCGACAGCUCAGGUAGUAUGACAUCUGAAUCUACUCACAGUUCAAUUCCUGAAGAUAAGAACUUGUCGUUGGAUGAUGAUACAGGAAAUGAAUCAGAAACUAUUGAUGUUGAAUCCUAUAAUACUGUUACAUGUUAUUGUGGAAAGCCUUUCGCAGCAAGACCGAUGAUAGAGUGCUCGAUUUGCCUAACAUGGCUCCAUUUAUCUUGUGCAAAAGUGAAAAAGAACAAUAUUCCAGAUAUUUUCUCAUGUCAGAAAUGUAAAAGUAAACAAUCUGGGAUUUCAUCCAUUCAUUCAGCUUCUUCCAUGCAUUUCAAGCCUACAUCUAGACGUAAAAAGCGUGUAAGUUUAUAGAGAUAAUCAGUAUCUUAUAUAAAAACCUUGUACAAAAUGUGAUAUUAGCCUU